AUGGCUAUGUAUUACUACGCAAGUAAAUUAAAUGAAGCCUCAUGUAGUGGAUGCAAUGUUAAGUUGCCGCCUCCGCCAUCUGAGCCAGCUCCUCCACCGCCUGACCAUUCUUCUUUGCCCACUGAUCCUGCACUUCUGCAUGGAUCUGGCCUAUCUUAUUAUGAUAAUGACGAUUAUUACUCCAUGGUGAGAGGAAACAAAUUCAUGUCGGAAAAUAGCUGCAAACACAUGGUGAUGAAUGGAAGCAUUAAUUUCGUUAGUGCCCAACCCGUUGAAUCUACUCAGUUAUCUGCCGUACUAGCGCCCGCGGUGAAGACGCCCGUGCCGCACGUAGAGAAGGACAUUGAAUACAAAGACGGACAGAUAGUGAGCGCAGUUUUCGAAACGCUCGUGGACAUGCUCCGUCCUGGAGCGAGCAAAUCCUUUACCUUCACAUUCUUGCUAUGCUCUCGCCUAUUUGUCAAACCACACGAGCUACUCGCUAAACUAUGCAAAAGAUAUUUUAAAAAUUAUGACAAAGUGGGGAAAAAUGAAAUGAAGGAGCUAGUUGAUAAGGAGAUUGCUGAUAUGGUAGCAUUAGUUCGUGUUCUCAACCAAUGGACGUCUAUGUUUCCUUACGACUUUCGCGAUGAUAGAGUCAUGGCUCUUGUUAGGAGCAUCACUCAGAGGUGUGCAGCUGAACACAUGGCAUCGAUCAGAUCUGAGGUGUCCAGCAUGCUGGAGAGAUUAUUGGACAAGUUGACAGCUUUGGAACAGUAUGAAGAGACACUAAUGGAGGUGCCACAAGUGUCCUCUGUGGAUCAACUCCCACUGGGGGAUAUACUGACGCUAGGCUUGACACCAGUAGAGCUAGCAAAUCAGCUGACCAUUGUAGAACUGCACAGGCUUUCCUUUGUUGGGCCCGAGGAAUUUGUGCAGACAUUUGCCCCCUCGCAGCCAGGACAGUCCACCUCCGGAAAGAACAUCAGCCUGCAUCAUGUGGAGACGAAGAGUACUAAGAAUUUAGAAGCUUAUGCUGACUGGUUCAACAGGCUCAGCUAUCUAGUUGCCACAGACAUUUUGAAGGCGGUGAAGAGCAAGUACCGAGCACGCGUAAUGGAACAGUGGGUGAUGACGGCUCGGGAAUGCUUCAAUCUUGGCAACUUUAACUCUCUGAUGGCCAUAAUAAGUGCUCUGAAUAUGGCCCCCAUUACACGCCUUAAGAAAACGUGGAGUCGCACUAGUGCUGUCUGCGGACAACAGUUAAGACAGUUGGAGCUUUGCGUGGAGCCGAGUGGAAAUCAUGCUAGAUAUCGCGCCGCGCUGGCUGCGGCCCCCACGGAGACGGCGGUCCCACUGCUCUCGGUCACAUGCCGGGACCUUCAUUUCGCGAAUCAAGGCUCACCUACCAAGUUGCCGGGCAACCGCGUGAACUUCGAGAAAUGCUCGCUGCUGGCGCGGCACGUGGCGGCGCAGCUGACGGCGCGCCGGUUGCUGAGUGACGGCCCACCCGCGCCCGCGGCACCGCCCACGCCGCACCUGCACCUGCCCGCGUGGCGUUUCCUUAGCGAUCGCCCCGCGCUCACCGAGCAAGCAUUAGAGCUGACGUCUUUCGAACGAGAGCCUCCCGUGGAUCACCUCGAGAAGGAGAGGCUGAAACGUCUUCGAGUAGCCACU